UUCCGUGCCGCCGUUCGCUGCUCUCUGACCGUCUCUUCGGCGACACACUCGUGGUCAGUCCCUCUGUUCUGUUCAUUCCAUGUCUGUCGAGUCUUCCACUCUUCGUUCGUCCGAUGGCGAGCACGGGCUCGUGCUCGGCAGUCAGGGUUCUGUACCCCAGGGCGGCCAAGCGGAGCAGCCAGGUUCCCCAUCCAUCGAGGAAAUCGUGGCCGUAGAGGUGCCCGGGGAAACUGAGCCCCGCCUUCAGAAGCGCACAUUGCUCGUGGACUCGCUCAUCCGCGAGUGCAAGUGCGACUUGUCGAGUGACGAGUUCCUCAAGGCGGUGCGCUACGCCGGCCCCCUCGUGACCGUUCGUCGCCCAACUCCAGAGGAGUCGGUCUUCGACGCUCCUCCGGGCUACUUCGCCAUCCAUCUCAAGUCCCUUGAGAGCGGCUUCCGCUUCCCCUUGGAGUCUUUGGUCACCGACUUUUUCAAGUACUUUGACUUUCUCCCGUGUCAAUUGGUGCCGAACUCGCAUCGGUACUUGGCGGGGUUCUUGAUCCGCUGUCGGGAGAUGGGCGUGCGGGCCGACCUUGAGCGCCUACUGACCUUGUUCCGAGUGGCGAAGUCUUCCGGGUCGGAUGGGGGUUCUUUUGCCGCCCUCUGCCAGCGGCAAGAGAGACUUUUUAGAACGAAGAAGGAAUCCAACAGGACUUGGAAGUCCAAGUUUGUUUUCGUCUCCAUGGGGGCGGCCUCCCCCUUCCGAGACACUCCCCUCAGCUCUUUUCGUAGACGGUCCAAACCCUUUGCCUCUUCCAAGGCUAUUGCUCACACGGACAAGUUGUGUUCGGGCGGCCCUUACGUGCUCGGGGUCUUAGUGAACGACGAAGCUCUCGCCAAGCUCGGGUUCGUCUUCCAUGAUGAAGACGAGCCCAAGCGCCGGGUCGUCCAGAGUCAGCUUGAGGAGGGGCCAUCAGGUGAAAUCAUGCUCUCCGCGGCCGAUCGGAAGAAGCUGUUUAAGUCUAAGGCGCGCGCGGAGUCCAGCCAAGAACGGCCUCCGCUCCCAACUCCCGCACCGUCUGCCGAGCAUGCCCAGGCGAGGAAGAAGCGCAAGGAGGUGAGCUCCUCGGCGGAAGGGGCUUCGCUGAGCGGGGCGAGGAAGAACAUCCGGGUAUGGUCUGCGCUCGGCCUCCCUCUUGAGGAGGAAUGCCGAGCACAAGGGUUUGACCUCCAUCCGGGAAGAACAUCCGGGUAUGGUCUGCGCUCGGCCUCCCUCUUGAGGAGGAAUGCCGAGCACAAGGGUUUGGCCUUCAUCCAGGAAGAACAUCCGGGUAUGGCCUGCGCUCGGCCUCCCUCCUGAGGAGGAAUGCCGAGCACGAGUGUUUGACCUCCAUCCGGGAAGAACAUCCGGGUAUGUUCUGCGCUCGGCCUUCCUCCUGAGGAGGAACGCCAAGCACAAGGGUUUGACCUUUAUCCGGGAAGAGCAUCCGGGUAUGGUCUGCGCUCAGCCUCCCUCUUGAGGAGGAAUGCCUAGCAUGAGUGUUUGACCCCAUCCGGGAAGAACAUCCGGGUAUGGUCUGCGCUCGGCCUUCCUCCUGAGGAGGAACGCCAAGCACAAGGGUUU